GGAACCGGUGGAAGUGAGCGGUGAUUCUUUUGCAAUAAAGUUUUCUUUUCAGGAUCAGUGUCCGUUUGUCCCAGCGUCCUUAUAGUUUUACUGAUAUAUUAUUUAUUUCCAUUAAGAAUAUAAACCGGAUCCAACAGAAAGACUCCCUGCACAACAGCAAUGACAACCUACCAGGAGUUUAUUCAGCAGAAUGAGGAUCGUGAUGGGGUACGAUGCAGCUGGAACCUCUGGCCCUCCAGCAGGCUAGAGGCCACACGACUAGUGGUACCAGUCUCUUGCCUCUUCACACCUCUCAAAGAGCGACCUGACUUGCCUCCUGUGCACUAUGAACCCGUGCUUUGCAGUCGAGCCAACUGCAAGGCUGUGCUCAACCCCCUCUGUCAGGUGGACUUCAGGGCUAAGAUAUGGGCAUGCAAUUUCUGUUUCCAGAGAAACCCAUUUCCCCCAUCAUAUGCAGGCAUUUCAGAGGUGAAUCAGCCUGCUGAACUAAUGCCACAGUUCUCCACCAUUGAGUACAUAGUACAGCGUGGUCCCCCAACUCCACUCAUCUUCCUGUACGUAGUGGACACAUGUCUAGAGGAGGAGGACCUGCAGGCCUUGAGGGAAUCUCUGCAGAUGUCUCUCAGCCUGUUGCCACCAAAUGCCCUGGUGGGGCUCAUCACAUUUGGUCGCAUGAUCCAAGUGCAUGAGCUCAGCUGUGAGGGCAUUGCAAAAAGCUAUGUCUUCCGUGGGACCAAGGAGCUCACCCCGAAACAGAUACAAGAGAUGCUGGGCCUGAUGAAGCCAGGUGUCUCAGGACCACAUGGCCAGCCUCUGGCCCCACACGAUGCUGCAGCCUCCUGCAGGUUCCUGCAGCCUGUGCAGAAAGUUGAUAUGAACCUGACUGACCUACUUGGUGAACUGCAGCGGGAUCCCUGGCCUGUUCCACAGGGCAAGAGACCACUCCGCUCCACUGGCAUUGCACUCUCCAUUGCUGUUGGACUACUUGAGGGUACAUUCCCAAAUACUGGAGCCCGUGUCAUGUUGUUCACGGGUGGGCCGCCAACGCAAGGUCCUGGCAUGGUGGUAGGAGAUGAACUGAAGACACCUAUUCGAUCAUGGCAUGACAUUCAAAAGGACAAUGCCCGCCAUCUGAAGAAGGCCACCAAGUACUAUGAGGCUCUGGCAAACCGUGCUGCAGUGAAUGGACACAGCAUUGACAUCUACGCAUGUGCUCUGGAUCAGACUGGGUUACUGGAAAUGAAGUGUUUGUCCAAUCUCACUGGGGGACAUAUUGUCAUGGGAGACUCCUUCAACACUUCCCUGUUCAAGCAGACCUUCCAGAGAGUCUUCAGCAAAGACUACAAUGGAGAAUUUCGCAUGGCUUUUGGGGGCAUUUUAGAAAUUAAGACCUCAAGAGAACUGAAAGUGUCAGGAGCUAUUGGACCCUGUGUAUCUCUUAACAGUAAAGGAUCAUGUGUCUCUGAGAAUGAGUUGGGAGUUGGUGGUACCUGCCAGUGGAAGAUUUGUAGUCUCAGUCCAUCUACAACACUUGCUUUGUAUUUUGAAGUUGUUAAUCAGCACAAUGCUCCCAUCCCUCAGGGUGGCAGAGGAGCUAUCCAGUUUGUUACACAGUACCAGCAUUCUAAUAUGCAGAAGAGGAUCCGUGUCACUACCAUUGCACGAAACUGGGCAGAUGCACAGUCUCAGAUCCAGCAUAUCGAGGCAUCUUUCGACCAAGAGGCCGCCGCCGUUCUCAUGGCCAGACUGGGUGUGUUCAGGGCGGAGUCAGAGGAGGGCCCGGAUGUGCUCCGCUGGCUUGACAGACAGCUCAUUCGUCUGUGUCAGAAGUUUGGACAGUUCAAUAAGGAUGACCCCAGUUCCUUCAGGCUGUCUGAGUCUCUGUCUCUUUACCCUCAGUUUAUGUUCCACUUGAGGAGGUCACCUUUCCUCCAGGUGUUCAAUAACAGUCCAGAUGAGUCAUCAUACUACAGGCACCACUUUGUGUGUCAGGAUCUAACACAGUCACUUAUCAUGAUCCAGCCAAUCCUCUACUCCUACUCAUUCUAUGGCCCUCCUGAGCCUGUGCUUCUGGACAGCAGCAGUAUCCUUCCAGAUCGUAUUCUACUAAUGGAUACUUUUUUCCAGUUGGUCAUCUACCAUGGAGAGACCAUUUCUCAGUGGAGGAAAGCACGCUACCAGGACAUGGCAGAAUAUGAGAAUUUUAAGCAGCUGCUGCAGGCUCCUUUAGAUGAUGCUCAGGAGAUCCUGCAAACACGCUUUCCCAUGCCCCGCUACAUUGACACAGAGCAUGGAGGGUCACAGGCCCGCUUCCUGCUUUCCAAAGUGAACCCUUCCCAAACACACAACAAUCUCUAUGCCUGGGGCCAGGAGUCUGGAGCACCAAUUCUCACAGAUGACGUCAGCCUGCAAGUGUUCAUGGAUCAUCUAAAGAAACUGGCAGUGUCUAGUUCUGCCUAAACCACAAGGAAGGAAAAACAAAAAAGAGAACUUUGAUCCUUCUAUGUGGGGGAAUUUAACAUUACCAUUUCAGACCAUGGCCUUCACACUUUACACAAAGUGUUUGUGUCAUCUUAGUUUGAACUCUUUAGCAGUUCAGACUGGACAUUUUUCACACUCUCAUACAAAAAAUAAUUAUGGUAAUUUAAGUCUAUAUUUUUGUUAGUUCUGUUUGGCUCAUUUGUGUUCAUGUAUGUCUAAUGCUAUAAUGUUUAACUUCAGCCAUUCAGCACUUUCUAAAGUGUUCACAUUCUUUGAUGGUCAGCUGAAAGGCCUCUAAUGUUAGUUUUAUGAUUUCAGUGAAGAUAUUUUUUCAGUAAUUGGUGAUUUGUUAUGAAGCUGCUCAAAAUGACUACAUUUUCUCCCAUUUCGUUAGUUUGUUCAUUCCACUGAAUUUAACUUACACUUAAAUUGUCUGCCAUUUGUUAAGGAAUCAGCCAUAUCUUUUUAAUUGUCUCAACAGACCUUGUUUAAACUGGAUAAAUGCUCAUUGAAAGGAGUUGCUAUUGUAAAUGCAUAAUCUAAAUCUUCAGAUCUAUCUUAAUGCAUUCUUAAUAGUGAAUGUUAUUGAUUAAAUUUUAUUUAAGCAA